GAUUAAUCUUAUCCGCAAACCGCCCGGAGUACUUUUCUUUUAUUUUAUUUUAGUUCCUCAAUGGGAGGAAACAAACGAAUUUUACCAACAAUGGACACGCUGAAGGGCAUGCUCAAGUCCUACGAGGCAUGGGUGGCAAGUAAUCCGGAUGUGGUGGGUGACUUUGAGACCACAGCCAAAUGGGUGUCGUACUUUAUAGCAGGCCGAAUAUCCUCCUCGAAUGUGGUCUCCGAGCUGGUCUAUACCCUGUCCAAUAUGCUGGUCUUUUACAACGAUCGGAUCAUCGACAGGGCCCGCAAUGCCAAGGAGAAUUCGGUGCUGAGGCUGCAGUCCAAACUCUGCUAUCGUCUAAAGGUCACGCUGACGACGCUCGAGUACAGUGAAGUGUUCAUCGAGAUAUCGGCGAGGCGGCUGUUCGGCCAGACCGGCAAGUGGCUGGUGAUAGCGCUCAUACAGGUCUUCAAGGCGGCAGGAAGACUUUUUAUCUUGAGACAUUCCACAUCCGAUAUUAUCACCUCGCCGCCGAUUGCCUCGCUGAACAGAAGGGCGCUGGGCAAGCAGCGGAAAGGGGCGGCAGCGGAAGUGCCCCCAGCCAAUGACGAUGUCAAUUUGAUGCAAUCCCAGCACUCCAUAACCUUCCAACUGAAGCGUUCGGGCCGCAUCAUCCGCAAGGUGGAGGGUGCGCCGCCCAUACAGUAUCGCGACUUUAAGCUCCACGUGGAGAACACGGAGGCGGCCAAGACGCAAAUACCACGCGAGCUGCUCACCGCCGAGUACCUGUACAUCUCGAAGCCGCUCAUCCACUUGGCGGCCAUGGGCCUGUUCGGGCGCCGCAGCUGGAAGCAGUACAUGGUGGCCCUGUCGAUGGACCUCUACAGCAUCCAUCUGUAUCGCCAGCGCAGGCAUCUGAUGUCCAAGCAACAGAAGCUGGAGCUGAGCAGGCGGUGCAUCAACCUCAUGUAUUUCCUCGUACGCUCCCCCUUCUACGAGAACUACACGCAGUCGAGGCUGGAAAGGCUGCUCGAUCUGCUGGCACGCACCGUGCCCAUGGCCAAGAUGGUGGCGGGACCGUUGAAGGACUACAUUCCACAGUGGCAAAGCACGUACUUCUACCUCUGGUCCACUUAAGCAGCAGCCGGAGAACACUAGUAUUCCACCCUCCAUCCCUUAAUCUAAGUUUAAAGUUACAGGUGACGUAUUGAUAGAUCGAUGGCGAAAUAUUUGCUUUUUGUAUGGCUUUUAAAUGAUAUAUGGAACAAUAUUUUUACACAUACAAUAUUAAACGAAUUGUUUGUUUCACUUA